CACAGUCCGGGGCGCGCGCGCAGCCCCACAAGUCCCCGCGCCUUCCUCUGCCCGCCUCGGGGUCGGGGUCGCCCUCGGGGGCUGCCGGGGUAUCAGCGCUCUGCCUUCCGCGCCCUCCAGAUGUGUGGGGCCACAAUUCCCAGAAGCCCCGUCCGGGGAGGGCUGUUGCCGCUGCUUCAGCUCUUCAAGGGCGUGUGGGGAAGCCCGCCCCCUGCAGGCAAGCGGGAUGUGGCUGCAGCCAACUUCUCCCUUCACGAGGCCCACUGCCGCCGCUUCCUCGCCGUCUGCGCCCGGUGCCAGGAGCUGGUUGCCCUGAAGGACAUGGAGGAGCACCUGGAGGGCGCCCACCGGCAGGUCAGAUGCUCACUCUGUCACCAGCUGAUGCAGCAAUACCUGCUGGAGCGCCAUGAGGCUGAGGCGUGCCCCGAGCGCUCUGGCAAGUGCCCCUUCUGUGAGCUGGAGCUGCCCCACCAGAAGCUGGAAGCCCACCUGGAUGCGUGUGGCAGCCGGACCACCUUGUGCUGGGACUGUGGCAAGUACGUCAUGUACAAAGCCCUUGAGAGCCACACAGCCACGUGCCCGGCCAGCGGCGUGCUGCGGAAGGACCCUGAGCCCAAAGGCCAUUUAUGCCAGCAGUGCAGUAACUGGAUUGCCGAUGAACAGUACCUCCAGCACCUGAAUGAAUGCACCCCGCUCCCUCAGCUCCUGGGGGCUCUCAGCACCCGCUCCCCCACAGAGCCCGGCCCUCCUCCUGCUCCCCCAACUGUGGACACGGCAGCUGAGAAAGAUGUCCGGCCCAAGAGGAAGGAGAGCGAGCUGCCUUCCGUGGCCAGGCCCACGCUGAAGCCCCCCCGGAGCAAGAAGGGGGGCAGCCGGCCGGCCUUCACCUCCACCUUGGCCUCGGUGGGGGGGGCCCAGGGCCUGGACGAGGCCCUCUAUGACCAGCUGGUGAGCUGCUCCCACUGUGACAUCCUGCUUCCCUGCCCCACGCUGCAGAAGCACGAGAAGAAAUGCCGGCGGUUGGCUUCCCUGAAAAACCCACGGCGAAGUCCUCGUCUCCUGGGAAAAGAAGAGGAAUCGCUGCAAAAAAACGCGGGAGAAGCCGGCUGGCAGUGACGUCCCCCCGCGACCGGGAGCAUCCCUUUCGGCCCCACGCAGGCCCCAGUCUGCCUCACUGAGAAUAAAAGAGCUACGAUUCGCACCCAA